GUGGUUUCUUAAGGCGGUGCUUUUGGUCCCUGAGACUUGAGUUCCCCGGCUCCCACUUUACUUCAGAUCAAUGUCUCUGUGUCUUAUGUUAACUUUUUUCCUCAAGUUCCACAGCGCCGUUCUUCAGCCCCAUCCUGCUGAGCUGGUCUCAGCAAGUGGCGCCCAACGUGGGGCAGACAGGCGGGCACGAGGAAUGAAGGACUGCGACGACAGCGGAAUUUUUCUUCACUGGAAGUGCUGUGGAGCCCUGAGAAGAAGGGAGGAAUUUUGCGUGGCCACGCUAAAGAAAUCCUGCGGAUACGUUCCCUCUCUCAGGAGUGAGGUGAUGAGGACUCAUCAAGCCUCCACUUCCAGGGUUAUAAAGAAAUUGAGCGCUAUCCCUGAUUGCUGGGCUCGUGGAUCUCCAUUUAAGGCCAAAGGGCAGCAGGUGAGGCGGCCUUUAGAGUCUCCUUCCCACUUGGCCGAGCCCAGACCUGUGUCUUCACUUUCAGCUCUGCUGUCCCAUGAGCUUUCUCAUCACCUCAGUGGCACAAAAGGGCUGAGCCUGCCGGAGUCAAGAGUGUUCCUAAAACUCCACGAAGGUGGCGUGAUGGGAGGCCUGGGAUGCCAGAGGCCAUGUUCCUGUCCAGAAGCUCAGGCAGCACAUCCACCCUGGACUCCGGAUUCACCCUGCAUCUCCGCCAUCUCCCUCUGUCAUGUCUUGAACUCAGGAAAACAAUGUGUACUGAUCAUUCUCCACAAUAUAGGCCUGGUCACAUCAGAAUCAGGGCCUCUAAUUUAGGCAUCCUGGAAUAGGAGCUGUUUUGGGGCCUAAAGAGGGAACGCCUAAUGAGUGUAAAACAUUUUCAGGUGAAAUUAAUUUUCAAUGAUUAGAUUACUGGAAUAGGAGCUGUUUUUAGGCCUAAAGAAGGAAUAGCUAAUGACUUAAAACAUUUUCAGGUGAAAUUCAUAUUCAAUGAUUGUAUUACUCAGCUGUUGACUUCUAUUAGUCAUAAUUCUCCUGGUUUUAGAUCUGAUGUAGAGGUUUAAAUCUUCACCAUCUGUGUAUUAGCAGCUUCAGGGUCAUUGAUGACCUGCGGUUUUUAGGGAGGAGUGACUGAUUUCAUGUAUCAUGUAGAGGACUGGCAAUGCAGAUGGGAAGUUAAGAUUAGAACAGUGGGAGUUCCCGCUGUGGUGAAACGGGAUCAGCAGCAUCUCUGGAGCAAUGGGAAGCGGUUUCC